UGGAGUUUACAUAUAAAGUCCAUAAUGGUCAUUCUCAGCUAUGCAAUACUGUGGUGAUAUGCACAGAAACUGAAAUACAAACAGGAGGUAGUCAACCACACUGCAGCCUCUGCAAUCUUCACGUGAGAUAAACUUCCUGUGUGAAGUUUGUGAGCUAGCACAAGUUGAGAAAGGAAAAUAACUCAACCCACACAGAGCCUUUUAUUUUAAAGCCCCCCUACCACACACACACACACACACACACACACACACACACCUUAACUGCUACAGAGGAAGUCACUGAUCUCUCUCAUACUGAAAAUGCUCGUCCUGUUGGUGUCCACACUGCUGUCCUCAGUUUCCAGAGCUGAGGAGUCUUUGUUUGUGCGUGAGGGAGGCUCUGUUCGUCUGGAUGUGCAGGGAUAUGAAGAAUUACAGUUUCUCGAGUUUCUGUGGACUGUUAAUGGCACUACAGCUGUACUGGGAUACAUUCUUCAGUCUAAAUAUCUGGAAACAUUUGGAGAUUAUAAAACCAGGACAGAAUUUGAUGAGAAGAACUUCUCUCUGCUGCUGAAGAACAUGCAGGAGAGACACAGUGGAAUCUACACAGCAACGACAAUUAACCAUAAAGGACAACAAAGCAAUGUUGCUACCUACAGGGUCACAGUUCAAGAGGCCCCGCCCACACCCCAGGUGGAAGUGGCGUUACUCUCCUCUGCUGGAGGGUUCUGUAACAUGUCAGUGAACUGCUCUGCUAAAGACACCUGGGCCAGCUACACCUGUGACCACGCCCACUGCACACAGGUAGCAAAUACAACCUCACUGACAGGAGUCAACAUCACCGCUACGGCAACCAACGGGACCGUCCACUGCCACAGCAGUAACCGGGUCGACACAGAGACGCGGUCAGAAUCCACAAAGGACCUCUGUCCAGUUCCUCCAGUAACACCAUCUCCUGGUCUCUCGCUGUGUGCACUAAAGUCAGUGCUGUUCUCCCUGGUUCUGGUUGCCAUGGUUUCGGCUGUCAUUGCAGUUAAUGUCAGAGAGAGGUGCUGCAGGUCAGUCAUGGUCAUUCCUGUGUUUACAUAUCUCAUCAGCAGUGAGCUUGAAUCUGACACACUCAGUGACAUCUUUAAAAAACACUCUACCCCUCUACCACACACUCACACACUCCACCACACUCUACCCUCUCUCACACACUCACACACUCCACCACACUCUACCCUCUCUCACACACUCACACUCUCCACCACUCUACCCCUCUCUCACACACUCCACCACACUCUACCCUCUCUCACACACUCCACCACUCUACCCCUC